GGGCGAUGGCGCGGCCUGUGAGCGAGAGGACCCCGGCCCCCCUGCUGCUGGGCGGCCCGACUGGAGCCCCCCCUGGUGGGGGAGCGCUGCUUGGGCUGCGAAGCCUUCUGCAGGGGACCAGCAAGCCCAAAGAGCCAACUAGCUGUGAGUUCUAGCCCCCAUUUCACCCAAUUCAGACACCGUACUCCCUUAGGGACUCAAGUGCGGGGAGGGUCCCAGCUACCUUUUAAGUGCCAAGAGUCCAUCCUCUUUAAAUACCUAAAGUCCAACCUUUAAAUACCCCGAUACUUAGGUGUUUAGACCCCCUAUCUCCCAGGACCCAAAAGUACCGGCCCUCAUGCCAGUCCACCCCGAGGACUCAAGACUCUAGGCCCCAGCCCCGUCUUCCUUUUGGUUUCGAGCGCCUGGACCCCUAGGGUCCAGGGAGAAGGGAGGGGGUGUGUCGAAGACUCACACGGUUGUUACACGGGCUUGGGCGGGGCCUCCUGAGGUCACAUGGCGUCUAGGGAUGAGGAAUGUGCCCCAGGAAUAGAGCCCCUUCCUGCCCCCUUAAAGAGUGUGGAGGCGGGGAGAAGGGGGUGCUGUGCGCUGGGUGUGGGGGGCAGGGGAGGGGGUUGUAGAUUACAGAGGAAUUACAGAGUUGUCAUUUUUUUCUCUCACCUGCCCAACCCUCCACCUACCUCUGAACUUCCGCUCCCCUUCCUGGGUCUCUGUCCCCGUCCCUCUUUGCAUCCCUGUCCUCGGCUCUUUCUGAGUCUCCCCCGCUCUCCUGGUCCACCGUCCCCGUCUCUGUUCUUGCUUUCUGGGUCUCUCUUCCUCUCUGAGCCUCUAUCUCCUCCUCUCUCUGGGUCCUUGCUCUCGUUCUCCCACCUCCUUUCUGUGUCCCCGCUCUCUGGAUCUCUGCGGUGCGGGGAUCUACCCCCUUGUUCCUCGCGUUUCUCUCCACUCGGAGUUGAUUCUUCAUCUCGAUCUUCCUCUUCCUCCCCACCCUGCUCUCUCUUUCCCUGGCCUGCAGGUCUCCUGAAGGAAAAGGAGCGCAAGGCGCCCCCGCCAGCAGCAACAGUCCCCGGGCCGGGCCUGGAGACGGCGGGCCCGGCAGAUGCUUCAGCUGGGGCGGUGGUGGGCGGCGGGUCCCCUAGGGGACGCCCGGGGGCUGCGCCCGGCCCGGGUUUGUUGGCGCCGCUACUGUGGGAGCGGACAUUGCCGUUUGGCGACGUGGAGUACGUGGACCUGGACGCUUUCCUGCUGGAACACGGGCUUCCUCCCAGCCCGCCGCCCCCGGGCGGCCCGUCGCCAGCGCCCUCACCGGUGCGCACUCCCGCGCCCUCCCCGGGGCCCGGCUCCUGCGGCUCGGCCUCCCCUCGCUCUUCGCCCGGGCACGCCCCCGCCCGGGCUGCCCUCGGGGCCGCCGGCGGCCACCGCGCAGGCCUGACCUCUCGUGACACACCCAGCCCUGUGGACCCAGAUACGGUGGAGGUGCUGAUGACCUUUGAGCCUGACCCAGCAGAUUUAGCCCUGUCCAGCAUUCCUGGCCAUGAGACCUUUGACCCUCGGAGACACCGAUUCUCCGAAGAGGAACUCAAGCCCCAGCCAAUCAUGAAGAAGGCAAGGAAGAUCCAGGUGCCAGAGGAGCAGAAGGACGAAAAAUACUGGAGCCGACGGUACAAGAAUAACGAGGCAGCCAAGAGGUCCCGCGACGCCCGGAGGCUCAAGGAGAACCAGAUAUCGGUGCGGGCGGCCUUCCUGGAGAAGGAGAACGCCCUGCUGCGGCAGGAGGUGGUGGCCGUGCGCCAGGAGCUGUCCCACUACCGCGCUGUGCUGUCCCGAUACCAGGCCCAGCACGGAGCCCUGUGAGGCCUCCCCCACCCUCCAGGCGGAGCUCUCCUCCGCCUCGCUCAGACUUGUGCCCUGACACCCUCUUCCUUUCCCUGCCCUGUGGCCCAUGGGCCGGCCAACUGGGUGCCCCAGGGACGUGAUGAUGCAGAUAAAUACAUUUAUAUUUUUAAGAAAAAGCGAGCCUCCCCGCUCCCUCACGGGGGCGGGGAGGGUCCUCAGUGUGUCCCCCAUCCUCCCACCGCCUCCGUUAACACAAUCCUGAAUAAAUCUUGAGAACCCCA